CAAACCAGAUCUGCGACCAGGGUUAAGUUUAACAUACCGUGCCGGGUCCUCGACUUGUCUCUAUAAAACCGUCCAAUUAGACGCCUGUUGACGCCUAUAUAGCUCGUUGGCGUGCCCUUCCUGCGCUUUGAACUCCCCUACUCCGCGAUCAUGUCCUCCCACUCCCACUCCCACCCCGUCUCCUUGCCUAGCAUCCAGGAAUUGUUUCCAGACCAUCUCUUGAACCAGAAGUCCCCUAGACAGCAACAUGGAUAUCGUCAUCGUUCCUCUCCAGGUCCCGCAGUAGACGAUCGACCGUCCUCGCACGAUGGUGCCCGUCGUAUGACCUACUCCGGCCAUAUCCCUCGUGAACGUCGCCCUCACAUGGUACAUCAUGUCGAGGACCAGACUGAGCCCUCAAGAUCACGCCAUUUAUAUCGCGAGCCAGAUCAUGUUCCCGUUUCGUCGCAACACAGAAACCGUGACGUCUAUGCGACACCAUCAUAUCCGGCUCCACGUUCGACCCACCGUGAACCUUCAUACACUUACCCACCACCUCCAGCUCCAACAUCUAUGCACGGGUCAUAUGCUCCUCACCCUUCUCGCUCGUCGCACUCGUUUGAAGUUCUUCGCUCGACCCCUUCGAGAGAAUCACUUGAGCCUCUUGCGGUUGGUUCAAGGGUUGGCCGACCUCCCCGGGAGUUAGGCUCUGUUUCAUCCUCUCCAUAUUAUCAUUCACCAGCGCCUGGUCCUUCUCAAAUAUACGAAGAUGAAUUGGAUGACUCUGAAGAUGGCUCACCUGCUCACUCGCCGUCUUCCCUCCCGCCAAAUUCCUCGGAAUAUGAGGUUUAUAUCCCGGGAGCUCGUGCUCCAGCCGAACGCAGCAGUGGCUCGCACCGCAUCGAUCGUCCAAUAGACGAUGGAAAGAGGCAUGUCUGUACUCUCUGUUUGAAGCGGUUCAAUCGUCCAAGCAGUUUGGCUAUCCAUGCGAACACACAUACUGGAGCAAAACCUUUUAAAUGUCCAUACCCUGGUUGUGGCCGGUUGUUCAACGUGAACUCUAACAUGCGGCGACACUAUCGCGCCCACUCGUCUACGGACUCUCCCUCAUGGUCGCCGACGGCGAUGUCGAGCUCCUCGUCGACGUCGGGGACCGAGUACCAAUUCAUUCGCUUCCCUUCCCCCGAGUCCCACAUCUCUGAAAGCGACCGCGAUGAGGAGCGCCGUGGCUACCAGCAUGGAACUAGUUCGGGUUGGGAAUCUGCCUCAGGUGCAUGGCAGGGUUAUGACGUGCGGCCGCCCAGGGGUGAGGGUUACAGUCAUGCCGAGAGGGAACGGGUCCCUCCGACGUGA